AAACCCACUUGUGUUUGUGUGUGUUGAGUUGAGAUAGAAACAAAACAAUAAUAUAGGAAAGCUGUGGGUGCGCGAGUGUGUGUUAUUUACUCCUAACCGAAAAUGUUUUGCAGGCGGCUUGGGGCUCCUGACAGUAUCAGUAGCAGUUUGCAACAAUCCCUUCUCAGGGUUUCUUCUUCUACUUCUAGUCAUACCCGCAAGAUCAAAUCAUCAUUAAAGCACGUCUAUUUGUCUUCUUCUCACAAUAAUAUGAAUCUCUCCCCGUUACCUAAUCUCUCCCCGUUACCGUCUUUUUUCCCAGACAGCCAUGCCCAAAAUGAUGGUGAUGGUGAUGCCAUUUUUGGGCCCGUUCCUUCUGACUCUGAUGUUGAAAAUGCUCUCAUUACUCUUCAACAGGUCUUUGGGUCUGCUUCACGCCAGUAUGUUAGGAACGUAGAUGAAGUAGAUCAUGUCACAAAUACUUCUUUAGUUGACCAAGUUUUUUCAGAUGGAUCAGAGACAGACUGGAAAGAACCCUCCCUCUCUUCAUAUAAUCCAAGAAUGUUACAAACUGAUGUUUUUGAUAAAGUUACUUUCGCAGUUCAUUUAUUGCAGAGUGAUGCAUGUGUUCAGAGGAUGGUAAAAUCAUUAUCAUCAGAUAAAUCUCUUUGGGAUGCUGUGCUGAAAAAUGAAUCUGUACGGGAGCUAAGGAGCACAAUAACUGCAGAGAGAGAUCGGAGCUCAAAUGAAACUGUUGACAAUGAAUCCCCGAAUACAAAAAAUGUUUUUAUGCGGAUAUCUGAUGCUGCAAAAGGCAAACUCAUGGAAGCAAUUCAGAAAAUUAUGAAGAUGAUGAAGAAUUUGUUUCAAAGUACACGUCACUGGAAAUAUGCAGGAAAAUCUAAUUUAUCCAAAGAUAAGCUGAGAGUUUCUGUCAUGCUUUCCAUAAUGAUCUUCCUAAUGGUGGUGGUGGAUCGUUUCUAUUUAAUCUAAUUCAUUCAAUGAGAAGCUGAGAACUUUUGUCUAUGGCCAAGGCACGAGAUAGUUCAACAAUGUGAUUACAAUUCUCUUUGAAUGUUUGGCCUUAUUUUCUAUGGGUAAAACUUUGGGAUUUAUUAGUUUUUUGUUCCUUUUUGCUUCUUCCUAGGCAAAAAAAAUCUGAGUAAGCUAUCAUAUGGUGCAUGAAUUCUAUCUAUAGAUAGUCUUUGCUUAUUAUCUGCAAGAUUGUUUACAGUUAUGUCAUACUCAUUGUGAUUUGACAUAAUUAGCUCGGCUUUAUUUUCUA